AUGUCCAGCGUCGAAGCCCAGUUUGUGACCUCGUACGAGUGCCGCCUCCCGAUCGACCUCAGCUUUGGCGAGAUCCAAAACGCCAUCUCGCUCCUCAAGGGCCGGCGCGCGUACCUCCAGGAGCGCCACGGACAGAUCGCGACCGCGUUUGCCGCCGACGACGUCCCAAGUCCCCACAGCGAGAGCGGCACGUCGCCCCCCAAGACGUACGAAUUUUGCCCGUCUUUUUCACG